GGGGUAGCCGAGGGCCGGGGUCGAGCGUGGGAGCUCCCCUCGGCGCUGGGAGGGUCUGGAAUAUCUGCUGGGGGCACCGGGAUCCUGCGGGUCGGCUGCUGGAAGCCUUAUUCAUGCAAAGCUGCCUUUUUUGCAAGGGGAUGAUUUUUUUAACCAAAUCGUAUCACCUGUCAAGAAUUUUCAUGUGAUUCUUGGAAACCUGCUGCAGAGUCUUCACUAUCUGCUAUUCAGUCCUGUUUUCUUCUCCUUUCAGCAGGUUACUACGCUGCUGUCACUGCAGUCAUGAGCGUCCUCUCUCUUUUCCUCAGCUCUUGUGGACAAUUAAAUCAAGAGGAAGGAAUGAUUUAAAAUGGUUGAAGUUCAUGAGUUCGCCCAGCCUCAGUGAUCUGGGCAAGAGAGAGCAGGCAGCCUUGGAUGAGCGGGGGACCCAGCAGCGACGGGCCUGCUCCAACGCUACCUGGAACAGUAUCCACAAUGGAGUAAUUGCCGUGUUCCAGCGUAAGGGUCUCCCGGACCAUGAACUUUACAACCUCAAUGAAGGAGUCAGGCAAUUAUUGAAAACAGAACUGGGAUCCUUUUUCACUGAAUAUUUACAGAAUCAGCUGCUCACAAAAGGCAUGGUGAUCCUAAGGGACAAGAUCCGGUUUUAUGAAGGGCAGAAACUACUGGAUACCUUAGCUGAAACCUGGGAUUUUUUCUUCAGUGAUGUCCUGCCAAUGCUCCAGGCUAUUUUCUAUCCUGUGCAGGGGAAGGAGCCCUCGGUUCGGCAGCUGGCUCUUCUACACUUUAGGAAUAUAAUUACCCUCAAUAUUAAAUUGGAAGAUGCAUUAUCACGUUCCAGAGCAAGAAUUCCACCGUCUAUUAUUCAGAUGCUAUUAAUACUCCAGGGGGUUCAUGAGUCAAAAGGUGUGACUGAAGAUUAUUUGAAACUGGAAUCCCUGAUCCAGAAAGUGGUUUCACCUUAUUUAGGCACAUAUGGCCUGUAUUCCAGUGAUGGACCCUUCACACACUCUUCCUGUAUUUUGGAGAAGAGGUUCUUCAGGCGCUCCAAGUCGGGUGACAUCCUCGCCAAGAACCCCGUGGUGCGAUCAAAAAGUUACAAUAAUCCACUGUUGACACCGGUAGCUGAGUAUGAAACUGAGGGCAUGGCUGCCAAUGGAACUGGCAUCCGAAGGCACUCCGUUUCAGAAAUGACCUCCUGCCUGGAGCUCCAGGGGUACUCCAACCUCACCACCAUAAUGGACAAUGGUUCCAAGAACUCCAUGACAACCACAAAAAACUCACUGUCAGGAGAUCAGGAAAGGUCAAGUGCCAGGUCAGUGGAAUGCUCUGGCAAGCUCGGCACAGCUGAGCAACAGAAAGGACUCUUCCACUCGAUGGAUGACCCACACAGGUCUUUUGAGUUGGACAGGGACCCAUCCUUGAUUCCAGUUCCUUCUUCUAGCCCUGAGAACAUAGUGGAUCAGAUUUUAGAGUCAAUUGACUCUGAUUCAGAAGGCAUUUUUAUUGAUUUUGGCCGAGGCUGUUCCAAUUCAUCAGCAUACAAUGUGGACGUGAACAGACAGAGCAUCAUGUGAAGGACAUCAGGAUACAGACCCUGGGUUUUAAUAUUAUGUAUGAAAACUACUAACACGUUGAGCCAGACUGUGGACAAACUAUAUAUGUCUAGGGCAGAACCUCUGUUGUAGGUUAUCACAGGUGUAUUGAAGUAUAUAAACACAACAGUUUACAACAAGCAGGAAUCUGCUGCAGGGAAGAAACCCCAACCACUUCUCCAUGUCCCCACCACUGCAGUCUGAUUUCUUACUGUCUUACUAAACUUACGGAUUCACAAACUGACAAGUGUCUGCUAAAAUGCUGUUAGUGCAACUGGCAGUGUUUAUUCAGUAAUACAGCCUAGUAAAUUACUGUGUUCACUAUUAAUUUUCUCAAGAGAUUCCUGUAGAAGGGCAAGUUGUUCUCUGAACUGUAAAACAUCAGCCAGAACACAGAACCAUAUCCUUUUAAAAAGAAAAGAAAAAAAAGAGGCUGUGGUCCUUCAUGCCAUAGAAUAUGGUGAUAAAGAAGUCUCUUUUAACCUUUUCUUGUACAUCUUGUAUGCACUCCUUUGCCCAACAGUGAGUUAGAGUUCUUGAAGAAAGGCAAAUAAACAGAAAUGUGCUACCU